GAGAGAGCGACAGACUGACAAAGAGAUGAGAAAACGAAACAAACAGCCAGAGUCAAUCUAAAACAGAGAAUUAAAAAAAAAAAAAAAACUGCACGUACUUCAACCUGCUGAGACUCCAAACAGUGAAGGUGAGGUUCAUCGAAAAACAACUCAAAGGCAAAGUAAGUUCAGGAACUUUCUAGAAGAGCAAGUUGAGCCACAACAGACUGUUUUCAUCUGCAAAGAAAACAUGUCUUCAAGGUCAGAGGAGGAUCUCUGCUGUCCCGUCUGUUCUGAGGUCUUCCGAGAUCCUGUUAUUCUGUCGUGUGGUCACAGCUUCUGUAAAGACUGUGUGAGAAGAUGGUGGAGGCAGAAACAAAGAAACGACUGUCCAGUCUGUCAGAGAAGAUCAUCAAGAGAAGAUCCUCCUUGUAACUUUACUUUAAAGAACCUGUGUGAGUCCUUCAAGGACCAGGACAGAAGGUCUACAUCAGGAUCUGAGUCUGUCUGCAGUCUGCACUCUGAGAGACUCAAACUCUUCUGUUUGGACCAUCAGCAGCCAGUUUGUGUUGUUUGUCGAGACUCAAAAACCCAUAAAGAGCACAAAUUCAGACCCAUCGAUGAAGCUGCUCAGGAUCUGAAAGAGCAGCUUCAGGAAUCCCUGAAACCUUUACAGGAGAAACUGAAGCUCAUUGAGGAAGUUAAAGGAAAGUUUGUCCAAACAGCAGAACACAUUAAGGUCCAGGCUCGACUCACAGAGCGGCAGAUUAAGGAGCAGUUUGAGAAGAUUCAUCAGUUCCUGAAAGAGGAAGAGGAGGUCAGGAUAACUGCUCUGAAGGAGGAAGAGGAGCAGAAGAGUCAGAAGAUGAAGGAAAAGAUUGAGGCUCUGAGCAGAGAGACAGCAGCUCUUUCAGACACCAUCAGAACCACAGAAGAAGAGCUGAGAGCUGAAGAUGCCUCAUUCCUGCUCAACUACAAGACUGCAGUGGAAAGAGUCCAGCAGCGCCCCCUGCUGGAUGAUCCAAAGCUGCACUCAGGAGCUCUGAUAGAUGUGGCCAAACAUCUGGGCAACCUGUCCUUCAACAUCUGGAACAACAUGAAGAAAAUGGUCUCUUACACUCCUGUGGUUCUGGAUCCAAACUCUGCUCAUCCAGAAAUGAUCCUGUCUGAAGAUCUGACCGGUGUAACAGUUGGACCAAGACAGAAGCUUCCAGAAAACCCAGAGAGGUUUGACUACUACCCCCUUGUUCUUGGCUCUGAGGGCUUUAACUCUGGAACUCACAGCUGGAAUGUGGAGGUCGGAGAAAACACAGUUUGGUCAGUGGGAGUGAUGACUGAGUCUGACCAGAGGAAGGGAAAAGAACUGUCAGAAUAUUGGGAAAUAGGGUUUAUUAAUGGUAAAUACAUGGUUAGUUCUACAUCAGUUCCCUCCAUUUCUCUCUCAGUGACAGAGAUCAAGAGGAUCAGAGUUGAUCUGGACUGGAAUGGAGGAAAAUUAUCAUUCUCUGAUCUAGAUUCUAACACACACAUACUCACAUUCACACACACUUUCACCGACACAGUGUUUCCUUUCAUUAACACAGCAAGUGAAAAAACACUGAGGAUUUUACCUGUAAAUCUGUGUGUGAGAGCAGAACAGUGAAGUUUGAAGUGAAGAAAAUGAUGACAUUAAAAACAUAAUGCAAAUAUAAUAAUAACAUAACAUAAUAGAAAGAGACAUUAUUAGAAUCAGAAUCAGAAUUUACUGCCAAGUAUUUAUUGCCAAGUUUAUUGCUCACAUACAAGGAAUUUGAUCUGGUGUCUUUGGUGCAUAAACAACAAUAGAAAGAAAAGGAAAAAUACUUCUGUAAAGAAGUGAAGGUGUCAAAUAGACAAAACUGUGUUCACUGUCAAAUAAAUAUAACAUAAGCCAUGCAUAUGUACACUAUUCGCUGUCCUAAAAGCCCAGAAGUCGCUAAAUGAUGUCAUCAGCUAAUUGCAUAUUAUGAGGUCAUAACAGAUGUAGGGGAAAAAAAACACUGUUUGAGAGAUCACUGAAUACAUUAUCAACCUUUUAAUAUUGUUCGGUAAAUUCCAUAUUCAUAAAUGCAGAGUACUGAAAAGGAAUUUACACAGACUUCUGGCUGAAUUUGAACAAUACGUAUAUAAGCAAUAUUAAGCUUAUAGAUUCUCCCAAAUGUCAUAAAACUGUCACGCUUUAUAAGGAU